CUAAGCAAACUUGAAAAGAAGCGUUGAAAUUGCCGUGUCCAGGUGUGACAACUGACCUGUUUGGGGUCCUUUACGACGCCUGAAAAAAGACAUCAUCAUCAUCAAAUUAUUUGGAAAUAUAAUUUGUUCAGUAAAAAUGGAAUUCUUGGGAGGAUUUGUCAAUAUAUGUUGUAGGAUCGAUUAAGGAGUUUAGUUUCUCUAACGGAAAUUUGAAUUUCUCACAAAUCAGGAUGAAGUUUCAAUGGCGUUCAGUGAGCUACAAGACAAAGCUUGUGCUACUCAGCUCUCUGGCCAAUUUUAUCAAUGCAGCUGACCGUGUUAUAAUGCCACUUGCCAUCGUCCCAAUGACUGCUGAGUUCAAGUGGACCCUAGCACAACAAGGCUGGAUUUUAUCAGCAUUUGCUUUUGGUUAUUUCAGCAGUCAGCUCCUGGGUGCAGGAGCAUGGAGUCAGUGUGGUGGACGGCGAGUACUAUGUUGUGCAGUGCUUCUAUGGUCUCUGUCUACACUCGUCACUCCAUUAGUUGCACGUUCUUUUGCUACCCUCGUUCUUGCCAGAGUUGCACUUGGCAUUGGUGAAGGUCUUGGCCUACCAACCAUCUUCCAGCUGUAUGGUGAAAGUGUGCCAUCAGAUGAGAGGAGCAGAGCAUUUGGGUACCUGGUGGCAGCAGGCAGUGUGGGACAGACUCUUGCAUCAGUGAUGGUACCUCAUUGGCAUUGGAGCUUCUCCUUUAUUUUGCUGGGAGGUGUUGGUUUGCUAUGGGUGCUUUUAUGGCUCAUUACUUGCCAGAUGCACCCAAAACCACACUCACCGCUUGCCACUGAUGAAGAAAAUCCUCUUGUUGAUGAGCUUGCUACCAGCAGUUGUGCUUUGCCCAUAACGACAUGGCUUAGAAAGUGGGCCUUCUGGGCAAUUUACAUAGCUCACUUUGCCAUGAACUGGAGCAAUUACAUGAUCAUGCAGUGGUUGCCCACAUACUUGGGUCGGGUUCUGAGCGCUUCUCCGCAGAGUCUGAGCAUCACAGCCAUGCCUUAUGUUGUCAGCAGUGUCUGCGGAAUUGGCUGGGCUCAUCUGGCAGACAGCUGGGUGAUGAAUGGGUCUCCUGUGUUGCGCGUACGUCGUAUCAUGACAUGCAUAGGACUGCUGGGACCAGCCGUCUGCCUCGCUUUCUUCUCUGAAAUCACCUCUCUUGCCUUUGCCAUUCUCGUUAUCAGUGUGGCAAUGGGACUCUGCGCUGCCAAUUCAUCAGGGCAUCUUAGCAACCAUGCGGAAGUGGCACCUAAACAUGCUGGUCUUACGUUUGCCAUCGCCAACACAAUCGCCACGAUACCUGGCAUGCUGUGUGGCCCUUUAACAGCGGAGUUGGUGACGGCAUCACACGGUCGUUGGUUCCCAGUGUUCCUGUUAGCAGCCACCAUCAACUGCACAGCUGCCGUCGUCUACCAGUCCCAGAGCAGCGCCUCGGCAGUUGUUCUCCCUGGCGAUAACGCCGCAUCUGAAGCAGACGAGAAGUCUGUCAAAGACAAGCUUGUUGCGUGACUUCUAAGAUAUCCAGCUAUUAGAUCUCACUAAGUUUUCACAAUAUCGCGCAUUUGUGCGCAAGGGAUUUUACUGUGAACCAACUCAUGGUGGAAAACCUAUACUAUUCUCAAUAACCCAUAAUUUUUACCCUGAAGACUAGAGUUUAUGGUCUACUCAUUAUCCACUUUCAGAAUGUGCUGCAAUAAUAUCGCAGUGGUAUUGUAAAUCCAAUGAAAAGUACAUUGUUAUGAAGUUUCUUAUCUCAUGACGUUCCUCUUUUUUUGCCGUAAAUUUUUUUACCUUCUUUCACUUCUUAUUUAUUUAUUUUUUUUUUUUUUGUUGUGCUUCAUACUUGAAAGCCCCGUCAACGAUUAUUUUGUAAUAAACCAAAGACCAAAAUCAUUUACAUGUCUAAUGCACGUUUCACCUAUCACAGUUCGACCCAUUAGUUGGUUUUCUUCUUUAUUACAAGGCAAUAUGUACGAAUAUAAUAAUAUUAGUGGAAUAAUUCUAAUAAUAAAAAUAUUGAUUAUUAUUAUAAUUUAUUGCUAGAAUUUGAUUUCAACUUGUCGAUUUUCUUGCCUGCGAAUGAUUUAUUGAUUUAUAUUCGGUCAUUCCCACAACAUCACCGCUUCCAACAUGGUAACUGAGUCUGUUAAAUUCCUUUCUUUAUCAUUAUCGAGAUUCAAGUAUUUUUUUUGCCAUUGCAGGGAUGAUGUGAGUCCAUUGAAAUAACCUAUACCUAUACCUCUUAAUUACUAUUGAUGGUAACAUUUGGUCCCCAGAUUAACAUAGCAGGUGCCUGUUAUGUAUUUUUUGUUAUUGCUUGAUAUUUUCCUAUUUAUUGUUUCCUUUUAUUUCGUGAGGCGAAGAAGAAUCUCAUACUUAUGUUAUUGUACGGCUUGUUUGCGCUAUUGGCGCUAUUCGUAUAAUCAGGUGAAUUCAAAUGUAGGUCCCUCUGCAGUUAGCCAAUCAUUGUAUUCACUACUGAGAAUGAAUAAUUUCGAAUACCAUGCUGGACCUUUACGUUUCUCUCCUCAUAUUAUGGGCUUAAAUUUUUUUUCAAAACUAUCGUGUUUCUGGUUUUGCGUUUGUUGUUUUGUAAUACAUCAUAGCUUCUCAAAUAUUUAACUUACUGCAUAAACGUAUGACUAUGAUGUCCGGUAGGUAUGGUAUAUUGGUAUUACACGUUAUUCUGAUAGAAUGCUGAGCCUAUUCAUGUUUAGGUGAGCGUUGAUCAAUGUACAAGAGAAAUCGCGCAGAAUCUUGUAUAAGUUGUUUAUGACCUACCAAACUACCUGAAGUUUAAAUUGAACAGAAUAUUGAUAGUGUGCACUGCAGAGCAUUUGCAAUUAAGCUUAUUGGAAGCAUUUUCUGGUUCCAUCGAUGAGUCGAUAUCACUCAUAUGUGCGAUUUCAUUAGACAGUUUAGGGUAUAACACUGGUUUAACGGUCACUAGUAUUAAUGUUUUUGUUGUAAUAGUGUUUUUGACUCAUUGCAAGUAUACAGACGUGACAAUAUUGUAGUUGCUUGUCAUGUUUACAAUUUGUUGGGCUGAAUUCAAACGCACUUGUUUUAUGAUGCAAGAACUCACAAGAAAACGUGUGUCAAAAAAAACUAUGAUAGUUGGGGGUUUCAAUUACCUCCCGUUCAUUAUUGUCUCUUCAUCUAUGAUGAAACGCUGAUAUUUUAUGUGAAUUUUCUGUAAGAUGUGUUGUACAAUGUACAUGGAUUUGUUUGUGAUAAACGCAUGAUCGCUUGAACAAAGUGUAAAUAGCAAGAGUUGUUGACGAAAAUUUGUAUUAGUGUGUAAUGUAAGGUGCCUCUGAACGUGUGAUAAAGACUCGGAAAUAUUAUGUCUUGAAUAAUUUAAACAAAGAAAUAUACUUUUAAUAUUUGA